GAUCCUCUCGUCUCGAGCAACUCCAGCCAGACAGCAGACAACAUGGCAGCUGAACAGAAGGACAACUGGUCUUCCGAGGCCUACCAAAACGCUGCCUCUUUCGUGCCCAAGUUGGCUACCAAGGUUAUACAAUGGCUGGACCCGCAGAAGGACGACGUGAUCUUCGAUGUCGGCUGCGGUGACGGCGUCCUCAACCUACAAAUGGCACGCAUCCUCUCCGAAGGCUCGGGCCAGCUCCACGGCAUCGACAGCUCCCCGGCCAUGAUCGCAGCCGCAAAAGCAGCAGCAGCGUCAGCCGGUCUCUCAGAUAAAUGCACCUUUGAAGUCCUCGACGCAACAACCCUCACCUCCACGCGCUCCCUGCAGCGCGCAACCUUCACCAAGGCGUUCUCCAACGCAGCCCUCCACUGGAUCCUCCGCCCGCCCGCCACCCGGGAAGCCGUCUUUCGCGGGGUGCGAGACGCCCUCGCUCCCGGUGGCACCUUCGUCUUUGAGAUGGGCGGACUGGGCAACGUGCCCGAGAUCCGAGCGGCCCUGCUCUCGGUCGUCGGCCGCCGGGUCGGGCUUGCGCGCGCGCAGGAGGCGGACCCCUGGUUUUUCCCCGACGAAGGAUGGGUGAGGGAUAUGUUGGAGGUGAGAGUCGGCGGGUGGAAGGUAGAGAGGGCGGAGAGGGAGUGGAGGCCUACGGCGGCUGAUCGGGGAGGGGUGGAGGGGUGGGUGAGGUUGAUGGGGAAGAAGUGGUUUGAGGUUGUGCCUGAGGGGGAGAGGGAGCAGUGUAUUCGGGAAGUGGUUGAGGUGUUGGAGGUGGUCUGCAGGCAGCCCGGGGGAGGGCAUAUGUUGAGUUAUGUGCGGCUGAGGGUGAUGGCGAGGAAGAUUUAGGGAGUACCUCUUUAGAUCUGUGGACGCAGGUGGUUUUGAAUUUGUGUGCUGAGUGGUGAGAAGAAAGGGAGGUUGAGAAAGACUGGAAUUUGGAUUCCAGGAUCACUUCUCUGAUAGUAAUAAAUUCAUCCCG